AUCUGUUAGAACAUGUUCCGUGACCUCAUUAUUGACAUCUAAGCACAUCUCAUGAGGAAGGAUGAAACAGGAACUGACAUUUAUGAAAAUAACAAAGGUCUAAUUUAACAGAUAUGCUUGUGUUGGCAGAAUUUGGUUAAGACACUACAUGUGACGCAUGGAAAGACCCAUGGAAAAUUACACCCUGGCCUGAGCUUUAAAUAAGAAUGGCGUAACGUCUGAACUAGUUUGUGUGCUCUAGCGUCAGCAACAAUUCAGGACUUUAACGCGCAGUGGAUUGUUUGCGUUAUGAAGUAAAAAUGGUUAAAAGUUCUCUCAACGCACUGAAAGAGUAAACUGGAUUACAAUAACAUCAAAUUGAAAUGCAGUAAUUGUGACGCAUCUAAUCAAGUUUCUGUGAAACCACAUCUGAAAGGGGAGAUCCCUUCUCUUCUGGUGUUCAGUGUGUUCCACUGAAAUGAACAUUUGCAUAAAAUAGCUACUUACAGGUGUUACAUUAAAGCGGUAAAAAACCUUGAAUAAAGUUAUCAAUGCCUUCCAAUAGUUGACGGAUUCAGAGUUUCCUCUAUGUUGUCUUAUGAGCUGUUUUAUUAUGCGACGGUGAUUUUGUUUGCGUUCAGGUAUGGGCUGUGUCUCUCAGCACCGUGCUCCUGCUGUCCGCUCUUCAUGCACAGGCACAGCAAGAUUAUGCUGGCUUCCUCUCAGGUGAACAUAUGUUCGAAGGAUCAUUAGUGGAUCGAUAUGAUGAACAUUCCGGCUACCUCCACCGUGGUACCUGAGCUGUUCCUGUCCCUAUUACAAUAAACAAAACUUUGGUCACACUUCGGUUCGACUAUCCACAAGAAUCCAGACGCAGUGAUGAAGAUGAGCAUUCAGCGUCUGGCUUCGAUCCCCGUGCACCAGAUGUCACCAUGAUCACAGAAGAGACUUACCCCUAUGCCACCAACGUGGAGUCGUUUGAUUACGCCAAAGAGGAUAAAACCUUGAUGACUGAGGUUCCAUAUGGAGGUGAUGCUGAGCUGGGGCAGGAAGGACCCACCGAAUGCGACUGUCAACCAGGAGAGCCUGGAUUUGCCGGCUUUGCAGGGCCCAAGGGUUCCAGGGGUCUCCAAGGCAAGCAGGGGUUCCCUGGGGCUCAAGGAAGAGAGGGUUACAAAGGUACCAAAGGAGUGAGAGGAAGAGGAGGGGACACUGGUCCAGUAGGUGACGCUGGGCCUGAUGGAGAGGAUGGUGAAUCUGGUUUCUUUGGUGCAAUUGGCCUUCCUGGAAUACCCGGUGACCCAGGUGAAACUGGCCUUCCUGGAUUUAAGGGUGGUUUUGGAAUGGAAGGUCCACGUGGAGGAGUGGGGCACCCAGGAAAGACUGGUUCAGUUGGCCCAAAAGGAAAAUCAGGAAAACCAGGAGCUAAAGGUGUCAAGGGUUCUUUAGGAAAAACAGGAAAACAGGGUCCUGAGGGCCGACACGGACAGAAGGGUCAGACAGGAGCACCUGGGUUCUCAGGGGACCACGGAGAGCAGGGUUACUUGGGCUAUCCAGGUGUUCCUGGAGACAGAGGUCUGCCCGGACCUAAGGGUGCUGCAGGUACAGGUGGCUUGCCAGGAAGUGACGGGGAGCCUGGAGAGGAUGGUCCUUUGGGUGUUCCUGGAGUAGUUGGUGUGCCUGGGCCUUUUGGACCUAAGGGUUUGAAAGGUGAUGGUGGUGUUAGGGGACUUCCUGGAAGAGUUGGCUCUGUGGGUUCACAGGGAGACACCGGUGAUGCAGGAGUUCUGGGGAAACAUGGACCCAAGGGUCUGCCAGGACCGACAGGUGCCAAAGGGGAAACAGGACCAGAUGGUGAGAAGGGGGGAACAGGAAGAAAAGGCGUAAAGGGUGCUAAAGGAGAAAAGGGAGAGGCUGGUUCUCGUGGUGAUAAAGGGCAGCUUGGGGUGAAGGGCCGUUUUGGCACAGAUGGUCCAGUUGGUCCUAUUGGGCCUCCAGGACUUCCAGGUCUCAGAGGAGACGGAGGCCCAAUGGGAGCCCAGGGGAUAAAAGGACAAAGUGGCCCCAAAGGACAGCCAGGUGAACCUGGUCCAGGGCUAACGGAUGAACAGAUACUACAACUGUGUCAAGGUGUGGUCACUGCUCAGAUCUCCCAGUAUGCUGCGUCAAUACGGACCAAAUGUGCACAGGGCUGUCCAAUCAACAAUCGCACCCUCAUUGGGCCCCCUGGAGUCACAGGACCCUCUGGCGAUACAGGCAAACCUGGUAAACCAGGCAAAGCAGGAGCUAAAGGAGAAAGAGGCCCUCCGGGCAUCAAAGGUUUAGAGGGUCAAAAAGGAGCCCCAGGCGAUAGAGGUGUUAAAGGAAGGAAAGGACAAGGGGGGGACCCUGGUAAAGGUCUUCCUGGACAUGAUGGUCACCAAGGCCUCAGAGGCUUGCCAGGCCAUCCAGCAGAACCAAAGGAUGGAGCCGAGGGACCACGAGGACCUCGUGGGUUUCCUGGGCCUGUGGGUCAGUCUGGCAUGGCUGGUAGUCCAGGGAUACCUGGAGUGUGCGAGGCACGAGACUGCAGCAUUCACGCGCCUGUAUUGCGCAAAGAGAUGGGAUUGGUCAAGGGCCCCCUAACCCAGAUCUGACAACAGGGAGGAUCUGUUACAGUGCCAAACACGGGGCACUCUGGUCAUCGCCAGCACAAUUCAUAAAACCGGCCUGCUGUUGUUUAGAAGACAUCACCUUGUACAGACUGAAAUCAAGAAAAACUCGGUUCCUUUUUUACUAGUUGGAUUCAGCGUUUCUUUUAAAUGCUCAGAGACACGGGCAAAUGCAUAAUUGAAUAAUACCAGCACUUUUGAUUUCAUUGUCAAUGAUGUUGUGUAUUAUUAUAAAUACAGUAGACAUGUAAAUAAUUUUGUAAAGCAUCUUAAUGUACAUCUACUGUGUCCUGAAAAGAUUUUUAACCCUCCCUCAAAUUACGACCGUGCAUGUUUUUUGUGUGUUAAAUAGCCUCACCUUCAAACAUGGUUAGGUAUCAGGGUGAUUUUUCUCACAACAACUUAUGAUUAGAAAUAUGACAUUUUUUAAGGUAACGUUUGUUAGUGUAUAUUGGUCAUUGUUUAACCACAAGGGUUUUU